AUGUAUAGGAAUCCAUUUGGUGGAAACACAUUUGAUCAAGGUAUGAUGCGUCAAUAUUCAGGUCCUUUACAUCAACCAGGUUAUGGACAAUUUGGUAAUGCUGGAGGAUACUUUAACGCUAGUGGUCCAUUUCCAGCAGGCAGUGUUAUGCCUGGUAUUGCAUAUCCUCCUGCAGGCUUCACUUCACCACCAGUAAUUAAUCCAUUCGGUUCAGGUUUUAAUGGUCCUAUGAUGCCCAAUGGUGGUUUUGUCAAUCCACAAGUUCCAUUUCCUUAUGGACAACAACCUCCAUUUGUUGACCCAAAUCAUUUUGGAAGUGGUGCAUAUAAUCGAUCUCGUUCACGUCAUUCAUCUCGCCAUCGAUCUAAGUCACGUGGUCGUCGUGGUAGUAGAUCACCAUCAACUAGUGACAAUGAACGUCAUCAUCAUGGCCGAGGUUCACCAUUUGCUGGCCCAGGAAUGCCAUAUGUGAAUCUUGAACCAUAUCCUAAUGUGCCACCAUUAUCACCGCGUGCUGGUUCACCUGUUAUUCCUCCACGAAGACCUGGCUGGUAA